UAGUUAGUCUACAUGCAAAAUUUCAUGCAUACAUUCGAUCGUCUCGUUUUUGUUGCUGUGAAAGAACUUCAACAACUUCUAAUGUUUGUUUUUUUUUACAUGCGUGUAUGUGAAUAUUAGGAAGACAUGAACAAAUCAAAAUCAAAAAGUAAAUUUAAUAGAAGAGAAAAGUCGAAUCGCAACAGGGAAAGAAGUUUUAAAGCUUCUGAAGAACAAAAUGUGGAAGACUGCUUUAGUGAACUGAGUGUUCAAGAGACAGAAUCAUGCUUGCAGCUACCAGAAGAUUACAAACACCAAAUAGAUGUUCCUUUUCCUGUUGCCAUGUGGGAUUUAGGACAAUGUGAUCCCAAAAAAUGCUCUGGAAGAAAGCUGUCUCGCUUAAAUUUAAUAAAAACUCUAAGAUUAGGACAAAGAUUCAAUGGUAUUAUAUUAACUCCUGCUGCAUCUAUUUGUGUUGGACCUCAAGACAAAGAUAUUAUUUAUGAGCAUGGUGCAGCUGUGGUUGAUUGCUCUUGGGCUUGUAUAGAAAAUACUCCUUUUCAGAGAAUGAAGGGUCAACAUAUGCGUCUUCUUCCUUACCUCGUUGCUGCCAACCCUGUAAAUUAUGGCAAGCCUUGCCAAUUAUCAUGUGUAGAAGCUUUGGCAGCUAUUUUUUAUAUUACAGGUAAUAUUAUUUCAUAUUGUAAUAUUUUAUUAUUUAACAAAUAAGUAUAUUUAUUAUCCUUUGAUAUUGGA